AUGAUGGUUGUACCAUUUUCAUCACCUGAAUCACAAGGCCAUUAUGAUAUUGACCUAACCGAAUUAAUUGACCUACCCGAAUCAUAUAAUCUACCUGAAUCAAAUGACCUACCCGAAUCAAAUGGUUUACCAGAAUCUCCACGAAAUAUACUAAUCGAACGUGAUCAAAAUAUGCUACAGAAAAGCUCAACCAAUCCGAAAAGUAAAACAAAAAAACAAAUGGAAAGUCAAGGUAAUAAAGAGAUUAAAGAUCAAACUCAAAUAA